AUGGAUCGCUUCGACUCCCUGGCGAAUACCCUGUCAAACCUGACCGUUUAUGACAUCAAAAGCAUGUACAACCAAGCUAAAAAUGUAGUGCUCAAUGUCAGCGAGAUGGAGUCCAAGGUCAGGGAUGCGACUAAUGACGAACCUUGGGGCGCCAGUUCCACAUUAAUGCAAGAGAUUGCUCAAGGGACGUUCAACUUCCAAAACUUCAAUGAGAUCAUGCCAUGCAUAUACGCCCGGUUUAUGGAGAAAGAAGCCCGACAGUGGAGGCAGAUUUACAAGGCCCUCCAACUCCUUGAAUAUCUGGUCAAACACGGCAGCGAGAGAGUUGUCGAUGACGCCCGUUCCCAUAUCUCUACGCUCAAGAUGCUCCGAAAUUUCCAUUACAUAGAUGACAAGGGCAAAGAUGAGGGCCAGAAUGUCCGCAACCGGGCCCGUGAACUGGUAGAGUUGUUAUCCGAUGUAGAUAACAUCCGCGUUGAGCGACGGAAAGCGAAAGCUAAUCGUCAUAAAUACAUUGGCACCGGGAAUGAUACCAUGAACUUCAGUUCGGGUGGCAGCCGCUAUGGCGGAUUUGGAAACGAUAGCUUCUCGGGUGGAAGUGGAGGCUAUUAUGGCGACAGAAUGAGUGGUAGAGAUGAUUUCGGAGGCAGUUCCUCUGGGUUCAGAGAUAGCAACAGUAGGAAGGACUUCGAGGAGUACACUGCUGGGGACGACGAGACCGUUGUCAGACGGUCGGGUUCUGUCAGUAGGAGUCAUGCUGGGUCCCGUCAGGGCACACAAUCAGUUAGUUCACCUGUCCGUACGGCGCAACCUGCACCCCCGAAGCCGAAAGAACCCGAGGUCGAUCUCCUGGGUGGCUUCAGUGACGAGCCGGUGGCUGCUCCCAGCGUCAAUCCCGUCUCCAACACGAACAAAGCCCUUCCAUCCGUGGGCAAUGUCAGCCUUGACGAUGAUGAUUUUGCUGAUUUCCAAGCUGCGCCGUCUUCACCUGCGCCAUCUUCACCUGCCCCGGCAUCCACUGCACCUCUCACCACCAAGCCUACGUUGAUGGAUAUGCUCCGGAGCACGAGCCCUCCCACUGUCAAUCGGGCAUCCAUGAUAAGCCCAUCUCUUGCAGGACAAGUUCCUAAACCUGCGUAUGCCAACGCUUCUAUGGGAGCGCUUUCUCCCACAAACAGGCAAUUUUUCUCCCCUACGGCUGGUGGGUCGUCCGGCAACUUAUGGUCUACUUCGACACCACUAUCCCCUACGUCAUCCGUGCGAACAUCAAUGUCAGCCGCCCCCAUCUCCGCUGCAGCUGCACCCCCGAAAGCUUCACCCGCCGCAGCCCCGAGGUCAUCAUCGAACUUCGAUGACUUGUGGUCCUUGUCCCUAGGUACAUCAUCGACGACCUCAACCGUCAAGUCUGGAAACACUGGUAAAUCUAUCAAAGACCUCGAGAAGGAGAAAGCCCAGGCUGGUAUCUGGGCAUCGAGUCAGAAGCCAGGGGCAGCCCAAAUGGGCAUGGGUGGCGGAUUCGGGAACUUUGGUGGUAUGGGUACCUCUGGUGGAGUUUCUUCUGCUUCUGCUAGUGGUGGAGACGAUCUCUUGCUGUGAAUCAUGAAUGCAUGGUUAAUUGUGCGGGUCAAUAUGGACGACGGGUGCUGUGACUAGUUCAAUGUUGCGUCUUUCGUUCUUGGAGUUUAUCUGUUAUUGAUUUUUGCGGAAUUCUGUUGUGUCGUGGGUGCAACAACUACUUAAAUACAUGCAGUUUUCAGAAGCCUUGUCACGACCGCCGCCCAUCUUUACCCACAUACUAACUAUCUUGUACUCAGCUCCACAGUAUUUGGAUUGUGUCUCGGCAAUGGGCUUCGACCCUGGUAGUGGCACCAUCGCCUGACGCUGCCACACCCACUACGUGGACAGAGAAGGUUGAAUCACGCACUUUGUCGAUGAGGAUACCACAUGCAAACCUUGACGGGAAACGUUUGCGUACCGUGGAGCCCCCUAUGUUCGAGGGCCGCUGUCGCGUACCCGGGGACAGAGACCGGUCCGAAAGUGUCGAAAUACAAUCAUAUAUAUAUUGGGUAUCAAGCCCCAGUCAUGACUCGUGAG